AUGGCGAACCAAUGGGAGACGGAUGCUGCACCGGAGCAUUUCCUUUUCCUUGAUUUUGGUAUGGAAGCUGAGAUCACCAGGGUAAAACUGCGCUGCACUGGAACGCUCUACGAUCCCAAGAGUGUUACUGUCAUGCGCGCUGUCGUCGGCGUCCUCGAAGUUGUCGAAGAACAUAACCGGCUGGCAGAAGAGGCACAAAGAUCACCCGAAGCCAGUGCGGUGAACACACUCGCAUUGAUUACGAAGGGAACCUGGGCCGUGAUUGCAAGAGCAUCUCUGAAGUCCGGUCCACAGGCUCGCGACCGGUAUUCGCACACUCUGCGGUUCCCGCCCGUUCGCACGCGCUUCUUGCGAAUCACGUUCCAUGAGUCGCACUCGGCCUCCGGCAACAUGCGCCUGCUGCAGCCAUUGGUUGUUUACGGCAAGCUGCUGCGUCCCCCAGUUCCAGCUCGCAAGCUUUCCACAACAAUCAUGUUCCAUGAGCGCUGGGUCGAUGAAAUGGAGCGUUCAACGCGAAAGCUGGCACGGAAGUACCGGAUACCCAUUGACUACACCGAAACGGCCGCAAGGCAGUUCAAGCGGUACGACACGGAAAAUCGGGGCUUCCUGAACUUCACCGACUUCAAGUGCGUGGUCCGAGCAUUGACCUACCGCCAUCUGGGCCAAAAGCAAGACGUGAUGCUUCAAGACAGCCACCUUCGAGCACUCUGGAACAUCGUGGACAGAGAUGGUAGCGGCUGCGUGGACUUCGAAGAGUUCCUGCAGUGGUUCUACUCCCAUUUCCAGAAGGAAAAGCCCCCAGCAAGAAGCCUCCACUGUGACAGAAUGGUGGAUUCGGUGACAGAGCACUUCUACGCGUCCAUGGGUGUGAACAGACUUCGGUGCUACGUGACUGCCCUCGAACCCGAACCCGGACACGAAGACGACCAAGCAGACAAGGAGCAUCGACGCGCCGAUCAGGCCGUAUGUCUAGCUUUGUACAUCGUGAGUGGACGAAGUUGGGGUGAUUGUUCAGGAGCACAGCUGGAUUAG